AUGGCGCUGCUGGCACGGAGGGCGAGGAGGGCGGCGACCAAGGCGGCGGCGGCGCCGCCCGUGGCGGUGGAGCUGUCCAUCCCGGCGCACUUCCGGUGCCCGAUCUCGCUCGACCUCAUGCGCGACCCGGUCACGGCGCCCACGGGGAUCACCUACGACCGGGAGAGCAUCGAGGCGUGGCUCGACACCGGCCGCGCCGCCGUCUGCCCCGUCACCCACGCCCCGCUCCGCCGCGACGACCUCGUCCCCAACCACGCCAUCCGCCGCGUCAUCCAGGACUGGUGCGUCGCCAACCGCUCCCGCGGCGUCGAGCGCAUCCCCACGCCCAAGAUCCCCGUCACCCCCGUCCAGGCCUCCGAGCUCCUCUUCGAGGUCGCCGAGUCCGCGCGCGCCCGCGACCGCGGCGCGCCCGCCCGCUGCGCCGCCGCGGUCGCCAGGGUCAGGGCCCUCGCCCGGGAGAGCGAGAGGAACCGGCGCUGCUUCGCGUCCAUCGGCACUGGCCGCGUGCUCGCCGCGGCGCUCGAGUCGCUAGCGGCGGGCGGCGGCGAGCCGGCCGGGGGUGUUCUUGAGGACGUUCUCGCGGCAUUGGUCCGCAUGGCGCCGUUGGACGAGGAGGCCGCCAGGAUCUUGGGAUCGCCGCACUCGCUGGGCUCGUUGGUCGCGAUCGCCGAGAAUGGAAGCUUGGCGGGAAGGCUCAACGCCGUGAUGGCGAUCAAGGAGGUCGUGUCCUCGUUCGACGGAGCAUGCACAGGUUUAAACGGGAAGGCUGAAGAGAUCGUGGACGCGCUGGUCAAGAUCAUCAAGGCUCCCAUCUGCCCACAGGCCACCAAGGCCGCCAUGGUCGCCGCCUACCAUCUGGCGCGCUCCGACGAGCGCGUCGCGGCGCGCGUAGCCAGGACCGGUCUCGUGCCGGUGCUCGUCGAGUCCCUCGUCGACGCCGACAAGAGCGUGGCCGAGAAGGCGCUGGCGUUGCUCGACGCCGUUCUCGCGUCGGAGGAGGGCCGCGAGAGCGCGCGCAUGCACGCGCUCACCGUGCCCAUCCUCGUCAAGAAGAUGUUCCGCGUGUCCGACCUGGCCACCGAGCUCGCCGUCUCGGCGAUGUGGAGGCUCGGCAAGAACGCCGGCGGCGACGAGGGCGCGGCGACGAAAUGCCUGGUGGAGGCGCUGCGGGUCGGAGCCUUCCAGAAGCUGCUGCUGCUCUUGCAGGUUGGCUGCAGGGACGCAACCAAGGAGAAGACCACCGAGCUGCUCAGGAUGCUCAACAAGCACAAGGGCGCAGGGGAAUGCGUCGACGCCAUGGACUUCAGAGGGCUCAAUAAGCUGUCCUGA